UGGUAAAUCGCUGUUAAAAAAUUCUAAAUUAUUCUGUUUUUGUUUUUCUUUUGAAGCACACUAUAAGGUAUAAACUGAUAAAACCCACAAAUCGCUUUAGGAAUCUGCCGCCCCUCAUUCAAAUUUCUUCAGAUUCUUGAACAAUUGAGUGAAAUUGUACACUAGUUAUUGUGUUCUCAUCACUGCAAAUCUUCAAUGGAUGCUGACAGGUUGAAUUCACCACAGACCUCAGCUGUUUUAUUUGAAGUUAUGGGAUACCAGCUCCAGUUUUGUCAGGAUCCGAAUUCUAAGCAUUUAGGAACGACGGUGUGGGAUGCUUCAAUGGUGUUGGUCAAGUAUCUGGAGAAAAAUUGCAGGAAAGGAAAGUUUUCUCCAUCUAAACUGAAAGGAAAACGCGUUAUCGAACUUGGAGCAGGUUGCGGGGUUGCAGGUUUCGGUAUGGCAAUGCUCGGAUGUGAUGUUGUUUCAACAGACCAAGUUGAGGUUUUGCCUCUUUUAAUGCGAAACGUCGAACGUAAUACUUCCAGGAUCAUGCAGAUGAAUCCCGAUGCAGAUUCGAUUGGGUCCAUAACCGCUGCAGAGCUCAGCUGGGGUAACGACGAUCAUAUAAGAGCACUCGAUCCACCCUUUGACUACAUUAUUGGCACUGAUGUUGUCUAUGCUGAGCAUCUGUUGGAACCGCUAUUGCAUACAAUGCUUGCACUGUCGGGGCCCAAAACAACAAUUUUGAUUGGUUACGAAAUCCGUUCGACAAAUGUUCACGAACAAAUGAUUCAGUUAUGGAAGAAGCAUUUCGAGGUGAAAACACUGCCGAAAUCAAAGAUGGACAUAAAGUAUCGGCAUCCAAGCAUACAGCUUUACAUCAUGACGUUAAAGACUCCAGAAGGAAUCCGGAAUCUUGAUCCCGUAACCGAAAAUAACGCAGCUGAAAAAAUUGACGAUGAAGCUGAUGCAACUGAAAAAGUUGAAGAUGAAGCGCCGCAAGAAUCCCGAACUCUUAGUGAUUGGGAAGCCAGAAGAUAUGGAGCUAUGGCUGCUCGGCUUCUUCGAGACAUCAAGAUAAGUUAAUUUCUUGUCGUAUGUUGACAACGUUACAAUUCUGUUUAAUUUGUUUAUCAAACAUCAUGUGCUUACAUCGAGAGGCUCGAUGGAACUUGAGUGCCAUUGAUGUUAGAAAACGAGUUAUAGAAACAGAAUCUUAUAAUCACCAAGUGUGCUACUGUUAGUGCAGUAA